UAACCUCUUUGUUUGUUGUCAGUUGUGAGAGUUGUUAAAUUUGAAUUUCUGACAGUUGACACAACUUUUCUAUAUUAUUUACAACAAAAUAAUUAAUUAUCUUUAAAAAUGUGUAUUGUGAGAAACUAAAUUUUUUUUCUAAGGAAUAUUUGAAAAGAAUAAUAUUAAAACUUAUAAUAAAAGUUCAUAAAUUGUCGGGAUUCAGUUAGCAUUGUUAUGAAAGUUUGAAUUUUAGUUAAUAUUAAUUAAUUUGACGCCAAUAUUGUAAUGCAGAUUUUGUGGUUUUAAUAUCCACAUGAAAUGGAGAGAAUAACUCUGUAAUAAUAUAAUAUAUAUUUGUUUUAAAUCUAUUAGUAAAAAAAAACUAUUUGAGAAGCUAAACAAUGAUUCCAAUAAAACCUUUAGAUGAUGGUUCCAGGCGAUCUUCGAUUCUCAAACUACCAAAACAACGCCAACCUUUCCAGACAAUUGUUGAAAGUCCAGGUCUUCCUGAAGUAAAACCAGCUCAUAAUUCCAAAAGACGUGUUAGUUUUGCAGAAAAGAAGCGCGUUAAAGAAUUUUGUGAUUCAGUCGAUCAAGGAAUUGUGUGGGACAGUACUUAUGAGGAAAGUGAUUCUAGUAAUCUAAAAAAUCAACGUCAAGGAAGUCUAGAUCCCGUCUCAAUAACGCACAGUACAGUUCAACAAUCUUCAGUCCUAUCAAUAGAUAAAGAAAAUCAAUCCGUUAACUUUUAUAAAUUUGAAGAAGUCCACUGUGAAUUAAGUGCAAUGCCUCAAUUUGAGAAAGACACAUUGACAAAUAAAAAUAUCUCGUUGUCCACCUCUUCACAAAUUGUUUUUCGAGAAACUAUUUGCGACAACGAAACAAUGACCUUUACUAAAGUUUUGUCAAGUGUUCCUCAAAAUGACAAAGAAAAUAUUUAUGUUCAUUCUUGUGAAGAUGAAAGAUCUAAUAAAUCAAAUGAAAAUUUAUCCAUGGAAUUUACUGAAGCAGUUCCCAACAGCAUAUAUCUAAAUCAACAACAAUUAGAUAACAAUCAAGAGAGUAGUAUGGAACUGACAUUGGAAUUGGAUUAUGAGAACUCCCCUGAAUUGAAUAACGAAACGAAAUUAAACGAAAUGUCUAUGGAGAUAACAUCAGCAAUAUCUUUAGAACCAUUGAAAAAUCCAAAUUUAUCUAUGGAAAUGACAUCUGCAAUACCUUCUAUGCCAAUAAUAGAAAGAAAUCAUUUUCAAAACUUUUCACAAGAAUCAUCAGGUCAUAUUUUCAACAACGUUCAAUCAGUAGUUACGAAUAAUAAUUUAGUGUCUCAAAAUGAAUCUAUGGAAUUUACUAAUGUUAUUCAAAGGAAUUUCGAAUAUAAAAAUGAUGAAAUUAACAUUUCAACUAAUAAAAAUCAACAAUCAUCUCAAGAAUUUGAAGUUGUUAAUUCAUCUUCAAUGUCAAAACACUUUAAUGUACCCAAUAUUUUGCAAAUUCAGCAAAAUGACGAGAAUAAUAAGAUUUUUAGAAAUUCUAUGGAAUUCACUGCCAUUGUGCCAGCAAGUUCUCAAAAUGAAAAUGUCUUUCAAUCAAAAACAUUAUCAGUUUCAACAGAUAGUUCAUUACCCUCUGAUAUCGUUGAUUCUAUUCCUCCUUCUACUUCUACAAUAUUAUUGAAAAAUGGAUCUACAGAAUCUAUUAAUAUAAAUGAAAUAUCACAGGAGAAAAAUCAGGAUCAAAUCGAUCCUUCGUCAAGUUCAAGAACGUUUCAAAAUAAAUCCUGUGAAUUGAAUGUUGAUAAUUCAGUUUCAACAAAUGAAAAUAGCUUUGAUACUUCUGAUGCAGGUCAUUUAACAAACAAAAGAAGAAAAUUAUCAAAUCUCGACAUGGAAAAAAUAACAGAUGCAAAAAAUGAAUCGAUAUUUCAAAAUUCUAAUCGAAAUGAUUUUGAGGACAUACUCCGAAGAAGUGAAGAUAGCAUUACAAGCAUGGAAAUAACGAAGCCCAUACUUCAAUACUGUAAUCCAGAGACAGAUACUAUGACUGUUAAUAUUAUCCAAAUUAAUACAGAAGAAUCAAAAACGAAUCAAGAAAACGAUUUCAUCACUGAAGCAAGAGUGUCUCCAGUUUCUGUUCCUUCUUCAUCACCGUCUCGUGAAUCCUUACUAAACAUGUCCGAAACUGAAGUUAUUGAAAUUUCUAAUGUGAAUGAAAAAAAUGAGGAUACUGACAAUUUCAACUCUCAAAUGGACAACGUAAAUGUUUUACUGCAUAAUGACGAGCAAGUUUCCAAGACUUCUGAAAUUGAAAUUGUAAAAUAUCCAUUUAAUCAACCAGUUAUUUCAAAAGUGAAUUCAACAAAUUUAGAGAAUUCGAAUGAAAACACAACAAUCCAGGGUCAUAAUAAUAUCUUAAGAACUGAUGAAAAUGAAUUGAUAGAACACGUAGAACCACCUUCUUUUUUAUUUUUUGAUGAAAGUAAUCAAAUUGAAAAUUCUGCACAACAAAUGUCAUGCAACAUUGAAUUAGAUGGUUCGAAAAAGGUAUUGAACACUAAAAGGUCUUGCGGAGCAAAUGAAUCGAAAAAUUUAAUAAAUACCAAUAGAAAACAAGAUGAAAUGUUGGAAAAAAUCAGAAGAACAUUUGUUAUGAGUAAGGAAAAUGAAACUCAAUAUGGAGGUCUUAUACCAUUAAUUGGCGCUGCAAGAAAUAUUUUAAAAAAGAGUGACUCCAGAAGAACUUUUGUUAUAAAUAAAGAAACUGAUACUCAUUUUGAACGUUUAACACAAAUAACUGAAGAUGUGAAAAGUAUUUCAUGCAAAUACAAAUGUGUAUUUACUAAAAUAAAUGAAAUUGAACAGAAAAUUGAGUCCACAGUUAAAUCUUUAAAGAAAAUACGUGUACCAGAAAAAACUGUACAUCACAAAAAUAUACAUAUUUCAAAUGAAAAUUCGAAAAUUAUUGAAAACACUGAAGAUGAGCCGAAAGCCGAAGAACCUUUUCAUCUUUUGGUAAACAACAUCAAGUCUUACGCCGAAAGGAAUGAUUGUAUAUGGAGUAUACGAUCUUUAGAUGAAGAGAAGCUGUCAAUUGACUAUAUUUCUAAAUCUCUUGUGGUUGUAAUUAAAUUAAAUCGGCUGAGCAAUAAUACAUUUAGAGAUAUCAAAAGUAUCCAGAUUAAAUCUUUAAUUGCAGCAACGUCAAACGAUUUAAUGCAAAUGGUUCACGACUUAAUAAUUAAAAAACUACGUCCAGAACUCUUAAUAGAGACUUAUAAACUGUUUGAUGAUAUUAUUCCAUUGUUAGAAGAAAUUGCAAAGGAAGUAAAAUUGGCUUUAGAUUUUAUGUUCGAACUUCAGAAACUAAAAAACCUUCAUCUGAUGGAGGUUAAUAGUAAACGAGUAUCAUUUAUGACACGGACUAAAAGAAUGUCAAUAAUAUUAAAAUUGUCAUUAAAUAUAAAACCAUUUGAUGAAAUUGAAAUAGAUGAUGUUGAUGUCGUGUGCUUUUCAGGUAGUAUAAAUACAAGUGUAGUGAAGCAACUGAUUGUAAAUGUAAAAAAGGACCACAAAUUUUUAAGAAGAUUUAUUAAUGAUGUAAAAGAUUAUGUAGAAAUUAUGGAGGAAUCUGAAGAAAUUAGUAAAAAUACAACAUUAGGGUGAACUAUACUUAGAUAACAAAGUUAAAUAUAUUUUUCUAAAAUCGUUAUCUGUAAAUCAAAUAUGUAAAUUUAAUUAAAAAAUUUUUAUAAUUAUAAAAUUAAA